AUGGCAGCGACGCUCGAGAUGCCGCAAGAAGAAGAAGAAGACGAAGCGAUGAACGACGUGGACGUGCAAGAGGUCGUUCUGGCCGAUGAGGCUCCGACAGCGGUCAGCGCAGCAGAGCACGAGCCGAAGCCAAAGCGAUGGAGAGAAGCACUUGCGCGUGCAGUGCAAAAGAUUGCGGACGAGCGGCGCGAGUCAGUGGGCGACCACCAGCGCCUGUCUGUCGCCGACGUCGUCGUGCAGGCGGCAGCUGCUUUUGAUCGGCACGGACACAUUUACAUGGACUUUGACGACGACGACGACCGGUACGACAUUUCAGGGCUGCAGGAACAGGCCACUAAGUGCGUCGAGGAGUCGAUGCUCUUGACGAGUCAAAGCAGUCGAGCCGACUACGACGUGCCGGUCAUGACCAUCUGCCUCAUGGUUGUCGGCACGCACGGCGAUGUGCAGCCAUUUGUUGCCAUUGCGAAGCGGCUGCUGCUCGAUGGACACCGCGUGCGGCUGGCGACGCAUGCAGCGUAUCGUGACUUGGUCAUGUCGCAUGGCGUCGAGUUUUACCCGCUAGCAGGCGACCCGAAAGAGCUCUCGGCCUACAUGGUCAAGACGGGUGGCCACCUCAUCCCGUUCGACCUGGAGACGCUGCAGAAAGACGUGCCGCGCAAUAUGCAGAUGAUUGAAGAGAUCCUCUACUCCACUUGGCCAGCGGUGUCCGAAGCAGAUCCGGACGGUGGAGGCCCCGGUAUCCCGGGCGAACCGUUCCGAGCACAAGCCAUUAUCUCGAACCCGGUCACAUAUGGGCACAUUCACGUCGCUGAACGACUAGGCGUCCCGCUGCACAUUAUGUUUCCGCAGCCGUGGGUGCCCACGACAGCGUUUCCGCAUCCGCUGUCCAAUUUGCCGUAUACUGGAAAGCCUGCGAAAGUCAACUACAUGUCAUACAAGAUGGUUGAUCUACUCAUGUGGCAGGCGACUGAAGGAAUGAUCAAUGCGUUUCGUAGGGAUAAGCUGGAGCUGCGCAAAAUCCGCAAGGGGGAUGGAGGUCGCGACCUUUUGUUAGAUCUAGCGAUUCCUCAUGCGUUCAUGUGGAGUCCGCAUCUUGUGCCAAAACCAAACGAUUGGGGCAGAAUCUACGACGUCAUUGGAACAGUCAAGUUGGAAGCACCUAGUUCCACAUACACGCCGUCACCGCAACUCGAGGCUUUUCUCGAUCAGAAUGCGGGGCCAAUUUUCGUGGGCUUUGGGUCAAUGGUCAUUCAAGAUCCGGAGGGAGUUACGAAGAUGAUCAUCGAUGCUGCUGCUGAGGCGAAUGUCCGAGUACUGAUUCAAUCAAGCUGGAGCGACAUGGCAGGAAAUCUGACGAUUCCGGAUAACAUCUUCUUUCUUGGUAGCUGUCCGCACGACUGGCUUAUGCCACGCGUGUCAGCGGUAGUGCACCACGGUGGAGCAGGCACUACAGCAGCGGGCCUACUUGCAGGCAAACCUACUUUUAUCGUCCCGUUUUUUGGAGACCAGCCUUUCUGGGGUCGCGCCGUCCUGGAUGCUGGUGUUGGCGUGGAGCCUUGUCCAAUUUUCCGACUGACAACAGAAAAACUUCGAAGUGCAUUUGCGGCACUAGAAAGUCCGCAACUUCGUGCGCGCGCAAAAGCACUGCAGGAGCUCAUGCGGCACGAGGAUGGCGCGGGUGAAGCGGUGAGGUGCUUCUACCGGAACUUGCCUCUGCACCACAUGCGAUGUGACUUGGACUGUAAGCGAGCCGCAACAACGUGGAGCCAAAAAGACAAGAUUCGACUGUGUGACGAGUGCAGAUUCGUAGUGACUUCUCGCUCUGAAAAUUUGUUGACGGACGUUGUAGAGUACACCUUCGUCGACUACUCGCCGCGCGGUCCCGAAAAUGUUCUUGAAGGUGCUUCUGCUGGCGUGGGUGCGUUCGCCCACGUGUUCGGAUCGGGCAUAAAAGAUGUGAUUGUCAAGCCUGCACAAGGAUAUCGCGAAGAGGGUGCAAAAGGCGCUGCGAUUGGACUUGUGAAAGGGUUGGGUGGGCUGAUCAUCAGUCCGCUAGUAGGCACGCUAGUGUUUGCUGACCAUUUUGCAACUGGGGCUUACAAUAAUGUUCGAGGAGAUGACGACAGGAAGGGUUUGCUUAUCGCAGAUAACAAAAAGCUACUUCACGCGUUGGGUAUGAAAUCUCACAACAACGUUUACAAUGGGUCCAUGUGUGCUGAUGAGAAAGUUGAUACGAAUAAUCAGCUAUCUGCGCAAAUUGCGAUUCAGCUUACAACGGAAGAAAAAAGCAAGAUAGAGGGCCGAUACCUGGCGCUUAUGGAAGAGCGCAAACUGCACAGUCCGGAGUUGCUUGACAUUGCUACAACAACGCCGUCAGUUUCAUCGGAGGAUUCUGCAGCAGUUGCGGAUGGAACCACUUAUAAUGGUAGUGAUUCAUUCGGAAUCUCCUUUGGCGAUGGCGAAAAGAUCGGCGAAGCACUCCAUGAGGCUGAAGUUCGAGAGUUGGCAGCUGAGGCUCACAAAAAAGACAAAGUGCAAGAAGAGUAUGUGGAGAGUCUGAAAAGCCAGCAGCUGCCGAAGAUGAAUAUUUGUAUGAUGACAACAGGCAGCUGGGAAGAAAGCGUUCAACAGUAUGUUGCCAUCGGACUGCGGCUCAAAGCGGAUGGUCAUAGUGUGCGCAUCGCGACAACUAGCGGCUACCGGGACCACGUAGCUAGUGCUGGUCUCAGCUUCUACCCUCUAGGAGGAAGCGCUGUCACAACUGGAAAUUUCCUGCAGUACUUGUAUCAGCGAUCCCUGAGUGAGCCGCGCCACAAGUCUCGACUGCUUAACUUGGCCCACGCAAAGCUGAGCCACUGGCGGGAGUCGUUCCCUGAAAUGGGCGAUCUACGGGAUCUCGUGUUCUCGCUUUGGCCGGCGUGUGUGAACGCGGACCCGUUAGAGCCUGGAAAGGCUUUCCGGGCUGAUGCCAUUAUUGCGCACCCGUAUCUGUUCGGGCAGACUAUUGUGGCUGAGCGUCUUGGAGUGCCUCUGCAUUGCAUGAGCUACAAUCCGCAGUCUCGCACCCAGGCGUUUCCUCACCUACUCAGCUCCAAUAUGAAGCUUUACAAACCGUAUAGAUACUCACCUACGAAUUCAGUAUCAUACGAUGUUGUCGACAAUCUAUUGUGGAACAGUACGCGAGAUGUGCUGGACGACUUCCGAGACUUCUUGGGACUUACGGGCAGAAGUGUUGCGAAUAAUUUGCUGGCUGAAUGGCGCACCGCUCACACAUACCUUUGGGAUCCGGCGCUUUUGCCGAAACCACAUGAUUGGGGAAGUGAGAUCGGGAUCGCAGGAUACGUAGAGCUUCCAGAUAGUAAUCUGGACAACGCCGGCCUUGAUGGCAUCGAGCAAGAGCUGAGGUCAUUUGUGGAGAAAGAACCUAGUAUGCCGCUUCUCUACUUUGGCUUCCAGUGUGGCGACUGGGAUCCUCGGCGCGUCCAAGAUCUGGUUACCACUCUUCACAGAGCAGCCCAGAAAGCCUGUGUCCGACUGAUAUUCCAAGGAUACGAAAGCAGCAAUGACGACGCUGCAUUUUUCGUGGGUGGCACGGACGCAGUGUUCGAGAUUGACCAGCAGUUUCCAGUAAAACGCAUUCUUCCACAUGUACACGCUACAUUGCACUGGGGAGAUCUUUCCAUCACGUCGACGUGUUUAUCUGCAGGAAAACCUGCGUGCGUGGUGCCGCGUAACAUAACUCAGAGAAUGUGGGGUCAGGCGUUGGUUUUGGCAGGAGCGGGUAUCGAGCCGCUGGAGCCAGAUGCAUUGACGCCAUCCAAUCUAGUCCAUGUCUUCCACGCACUUUUGGAUUCCAAGCUUGCACACUGCGCCACGCGACUUGCCUCGAGGAUUGUGCCAACGGAUGCAAUUGAGGCUGCUGUGUCAGCCUUUUAUGGCAAUCUGCCACUGAAAGGCAUGACGUGCGACCUAGACCCGACUCGCAUGGCCCGUGUCUAUGACUCGGUGCAUAAACUGAAGCUAUCGUACGAAGCACGGCUAGUUGUGCACCAGAUUACGAAGGACGAAGGUAGUGCGCGAGACUUGAAAUACAAGCCGCUCAAGUACUCGCAACACUGCCCGCCACGAUUCUCGCUACGAGAACUGGAGCUGCUCGAUUCUGCAUCACCCGGCAACCUGAAGAAGCAGCCUCAAACCAACAUUCUACACCCAUGCGAUCCUACGAAUGCGGAAGUUGUAGCGAAAGUGGACCACGAGCGAGCAUCGUUGAGCUCCUUCUUACUACCGAAAGAGUCGGCAGUGCUCAAGCAUUGUGGCGACUUUCCGCACAAGAAGCGCUUCCAAUUAGCUCGUGCCCAGUCCAUGGCGUUAAGCGUGGUGGAAAUGCCAAAAUUGUGGAAGUCGGAGGAAGAACAGGCGCAGAGGACUCUCGAGAUCAACGAAAAGUAUGACAAGUUCCUACUGACGCGCAAUUUCGCGAGCAGUGCUUCAUCAUCGUCAACAUCUUCGGCUGCGCUUUAA